ACUCCCCGCCCCCUCCUGUCCCCUCCCUGACACACAGACGUUCUCCCUCAAGGGAGCUGGGUCCUUCACACGGGACACACAGAAGAUCCUGCUGAGCGGGAUGGGGGCCGCUGGCCCCAGCAGGUGCCCUACCACCUGCUAGCCCCCAUGGGGGUGUCCCGCGUCCUGCGGCGCCUGAGUGGCGUCCCCUCGUCUGCAGAGGAGGACCAGGGUGAGGGAGGCGGCUUGGCAGCCUGCCGCAAUGGGCGCUCCCCCGCGGGCGCCGAAGUGGGCCUGGGCCCCCGGCGCAGGGGCCGCUUUGUCAAGAAGGACGGCCACUGCAACGUUCGCUUCGUCCACCUGGGGGAGCACGGGGCGCGCUACCUCAGCGACCUGUUCACCACCUGUGUGGACGUCCGCUGGCGAUGGAUGUGUCUGUUCUUCUCCUGCUCCUUCGUGGCCUCCUGGCUGCUCUUCGGCCUGGCCUUCUGGCUCAUCGCUUCCCUGCAUGGGGACCUGGCUGCGCCCCCGCCGCCUGCGCCCUGCUUCUCGCAAGUGGGCAGCUUCCUGGCCGCCUUCCUCUUCGCCCUGGAGACCCAGACGUCUAUCGGCUAUGGGGUGCGCAGCGUGACGGAGGAGUGCCCGGCCGCAGUGGUGGCCGUGGUCCUGCAGUGCAUAGCAGGCUGCGUGUUGGACGCCUUUGUGGUGGGGGCCAUCAUGGCCAAGAUCGCCAAACCCAAGAAGCGUAAUGAGACGCUAGUAUUCAGUGAAAAUGCGGUGGUGGCCCUGCGCGACCACCGCCUCUGCCUCAUGUGGAGGGUGGGGAACCUGCGGCGGAGCCACCUGGUGGAGGCGCAUGUCCGAGCCCAGCUGCUUCAGCCUCGCGUUACCCCAGAAGGCGAGUACAUUCCCCUCGAUCACCAGGAUGUGGACGUGGGGUUUGACGGGGGUACAGACCGCAUUUUCCUGGUGUCGCCCAUCACCAUCGUCCAUGAGAUCGACGCUUCCAGCCCUCUGUACGAGAUGGGCCGAGCUGAGCUGGCCAGGGCAGACUUUGAGCUGGUGGUCAUCCUGGAGGGCAUGGUGGAGGCCACAGCCAUGACCACCCAAUGCCGCUCCUCCUAUCUGCCAGGGGAGCUUCUGUGGGGCCACCGCUUCGAGCCUGUGCUCUUCCAGAGAGGGGCCCACUACGAAGUGGACUACCGUCACUUUCACCGAACCUACGAGGUGCCUGGGACCCCCAUCUGCAGUGCCCGGGAGCUAGAAGAGCGACAGGCCCUGGGGGACAGUGACAGCCCUGGGCCCAAAGGGGGCCUGCCCGGUACCCUGGCUGCCUUCUGCUAUGAAAAUGAGGUGGCCCUCAGCUGCUGCCAGGAAGAGGACGAGGUGGAGGAGGAGAGGGGUGAAGCCCAGGUGGAGGUCAGCUCCAAGGCCUCCACCCCACCCCCAUCUCCUGAAUUGACCCCACCCCCCUGAAGGAAGACUGACAGAGCUGGGAGACUGCAAUUCCCAGUGUCUAGGACCUUGGCUGUCUCAGGGGCCCACUGUGUCACCCCCCCCUUCCCCGGGGAUGUGGGAGUUGUAGUCCUAGGUCAGGGAGGAGCUGGAUUCUAGGCCCAGGGACUUCCCUACAGGCCUAGAGCCCCUUCCCUGGGGCAUAGGCUAGGAUGGAUGGGGUAGCAGUGCAUGCUUCCCAGACCCUGGACUUUAGGAAUGGGGGAGGUGGCUUUGUGGGUGGAACCUUCUGGAUGAUUUCAAUCAGUAGCUCCUCCUCACCACUUUCCCAAGGAGGGGGAAUGAGGACCCCCCCCUCCCUUCUGCCCUAUUGUUACCCUCAGCACUUUUUUUCCUCCCAAGCCCCUUCCUUCUGGGAUCAAUCCUGCCGCCAGGAGUCCAAGAGGCAGGGAGUGGCCAGGGUUGUUCUAGACCCCCACCCCCACCCUCAAGAAGACAAUGGGACCCAGGAAGCCCAUUGGUUCAGACUGGGUUUGCAGACAGGACAAGCCAUGGAGGGCCCUGGGCCCAUGGGGCCGUAAAGAGCCUAGCUUGGCCUCUAGGCUGAGCAGGAAGCAUCCUGGAUGCACGGGGCCACCAACUAGCCAAUGACUUUCUCCAGAAUGCUGUGCAUAUAUACCUAUCUACAUAUAUCUGUAUAUCUGUAUUCUCCCUAAUUUUUCCUGGUUUUGCUGCAGAAGGGGGGGGGGGGAAAGAGUGGCCUUGGCCUCAGGAGGGAGGUCACUCUGGGCAGGCAGGGGAAAUGAGCUUUGGAGGCAGAUGCCCCAGGCUGGAAUCCUGGCUUGGCUCCCUGUGCCCAAGUGACGUGGGCCAGCCCCUUUCCCCUCUGUUUUCUCCUGUUAACCAAAGGGGGUUGGAAUGUAUUCCCCUUGAGCUUUGCCAGCUGGGGAGCCUAUGACCUCUGUGCCCUGGGAGGUGGCAUCGCAGGCAGGCUGGCUGGCCUUCCAGGGCUCACUGGGACUUUUCUGGAAGGCCCUAGAGCAAAGCAGGUGGUGUUUCUGUUAGGACCUGCGUGGCCUCUGGACACUGGAAAGGCUGCAGCAUGAGUCACCCUAGACUGAGCUGUGGCAAAGGGCCCAGGCCCUGGGCUGGGCUGCCCUGCCUUGCCCCUGCCUCAGCUCUGGGGCAAGUGUGGAGGACACUCAAGGACCCUGGGGUCCUUUCCAUCAUUGCCUGGGGGUGGAGGGAACCGGCUUGCCCUUGCCCCCAGAAUAAAGAGUU